AUGCAUGUGGCCUCCAACCUGCUGGGAGGAGCUCUCCUGCUCCCUCUCACCCAAGCCGCCGUGCCUUUGUUCAGCAACUAUGCCUUCAACCCCCUCGAACACCUUGGCGGCGUGGCACCCUACUUCGAGCCCCUCGACCCGGAGAUAGACCCUGCGGCGCCUCAAGGAUGCACGCCCGUUCGCGCAGCCUACCUGGUGCGGCAUGCUGCUAUCUACGCCAACGACUUCGACUACGAGGAGUACAUGGAGCCCUUCAUCUCCAAGUUCCAGAACAAGACCUCGAUAGACUGGUCCAAGAUCCCGGACCUCAGCUUCCUGAGCAAGUGGUCCCCGCCCAUCAGCGAGGCCGAGAGCGAGCUGCUCACACGCGUCGGCAAGCUCGAGGCCACCCAACUGGGGGCCAGCAUGUCCUUCCGGUACCCCAACCUGAAGCUGCCCAAGAAGAUAUGGGCCAGCUCGGCCGAGCGGACGUACGAGUCGGCCAAGGCCCUGAUCCGGGGCUUCGAGCCCGCCGGCGAGGACAACACCAUCAGCCUGGUGUCUGUCUACGAGAGCGACGAGGGCGGCGCCGACAACCUGACCCCCUACAAGGCCUGCCCCAAGUACAGCUCCAGCGCGGGUAGCGACCAGAGCAGCGUGUACUUGAAGAAGUUCACCAAGCCCAUCGUGGCGCGGCUCAACGCCGCGGCGCCCGCCUUCAACUUCACGUCCGACGACGUCUACGGCAUGAUGCAGCUAUGCGGGUACGAGUCCGUGAUCCGAGGCAGCUCGCCGUUCUGCGACCUCGACCUGUUCAGCCCGGAUGACUGGCUGGCGUGGGAAUACACCGCGGACGUGCAAUAUCACUACAACGUCGGUUACGGCAGCGAGGUAACCGGGGCCAUCGGCCUGCCAUGGGUCAACGCGACCGCUGGGCUGCUGAUGGCCGAGCCGGACAGCUCGGACGUGCAGGACCUGUAUGUCAGCUUCACGCAUCGCGAGUUGCCGCCGACGGUGCUGGUGGCCAUGGGCCUGUUUAACAACUCGGCGUUUGGCGGUUCCGAGGCGACCAUCAAUGAUACUAUGCCCCUGGACAGGAUCAACUACCGCCGUGCCUGGAAGAGCAGCCAUGUCUUGCCUUUCAUGACUAACAUUGCCUUUGAGAGACUUAACUGCACUGGCAGCUAUGGGUACGAGGAUGGGGACUACUACCGUGUGCUGGUCAACAAUGCGCCGCAGCCACUGCCGGAUUGCGGCGAUGGGCCCGGAACCACCUGCUCCAGGUCGACAUUUGAGACAUGGGUGCAGGACAGGGCGGAUCUGUUUAGCGGAUUCUCGGAGAAGUGUGGUACCGCGUCCGAGUAUGACAACUCGACGGAUUCCGUGACGUUUUACUCGGACAAGGCUGAGAACGGGACGUUCGUUGGCAAGAGGAAUCUGUUUGACGAGGAGUAG